AUGCAUUUUGACUCUUCUCGACUAUCAGGCCGCAAUUUUCGUUCAGGCAAGGCUUCCACUACUCACCACUGCACAGCCCUCUCACACGCGCGCAUAUCCACGAGCGCCCUACCGUCAUCCACGCCACUCGGCGCUUCUCGAUCUCAAUCCGUAUCACUCCAAGCCGUCGCGCAACGGUCGUGCGAGCCGCGAAUACUCGCUUCCGCGCGGCUCGUCGCGCGGGCGGAUGCUUCCUCAACCGACUCAGCGCGCGCCACCCCCGGCGAUGCCGCCGCCGCAGACGCCGCUCAACCGUCAGAUCGGCGGCGGGCGCGGCUGGCGGUGUUCGUGUCGGGCGGCGGUUCGAACUUCAAAGCGAUCCACGCGGCGUGCGCUGACGGACGCGUGAACGGCGACGUGGUGGUGGUCGUUAGCGAUAAACCAGAGUGCGGGGGAUGGCAGUACGCGCGCGCCAGCGGCAUCCCCACGCUCGCCUUCCCCGUCAACGCCAAGCUGCCGCCCAGCGAACAAAUCGGCCUCUCGCCUGACGAGGUGCUGGCCGCCAUGCGGUCACCCCUCCCCCAGCUGCCUGAUAAAUCUGCUGCCACCACCCAGCUGCUCACCGCCACACCCAUUCCCCUCCCCAACCCACUAUCCCCCACUCACUUCACGGCCCAGGCAGCAGCACUACGUGGUGCUGGGGGUCACCUGAAGCUGCUGCCCGCCUCGCUGCACGCAGUGGACUACAUAGUGCUAGCAGGGUACCUGAAGCUGCUGCCGGCCUCGCUGGUGGAGGCUGCUGCCACACCCGUUCAUGAAGGACCCUCCUCUCCCCAUUCCCCCCUCGUUCACACCCAUCCCUUCCCCAACUCCCCCACGGCGCAGGCAGCACGGGAUGCACAACAUAGUGCUAGCGGGGUAUCUGAAGCUGCCGCCCGCUGCCCUGGUGGGAGCGUUUCUCACUCUACCGCUAGCCAUGAGACUAGGCGAGCUGCAGCUUAG